CCGCGCUUCCUGCGUCCGCCAUGGAGCCCUCCGCCCGCCCGCUCACCGAGGACGAAAUGGCUGAGGUGAAGAAGGAGGCUUUAGAAACGUUACGGCCGACGUUAUGUAACAAAAUCAUAGCUGAGAGACAUUUUGAUUACCUGCGAUCCAAGAAAAUCCUUACUCGAGAGGACACUGAAGAGAUUUCUUGCCAAACUUCAAGUAAUAAAAGAGCCGGGAAGUUGUUGGAUUAUUUGCAAGAGAACCCCAAGGGACUGGAUACCUUAAUCGAAUCCAUUCGGAGGGAGAAAACACAGAAUUUCCUGUUAGAAAGGAUUACAGACGAAGUGCUGAAACUCAAAAAUAUCAAACUUAAAUAUCUCAAAGGUUUGAACUAUAGCAGCUGUUUGUCUUCUCCCUACGGAGCAACAAAUAAUCUCUCCAGGUCACACUCGGAUGAAUCGAACAGCUCCGUAAAUGUAAAUGACCGAGACUCCACUGUAAUUUAUCAUCCCGAAGGAGAGUCCAGCACUGCCACUUUUUUUUCUACUGUCCCGUCAUUGAAUUUGCCCAUCGUGGAGGAGGGAAGCACAGAGAACGCCGUCUUUUCCUCAGCUACUCUUCCCGGGCCUGGGGAACCUGGAGCACCGCCUCUCCCAGCAGACCUGCAGAGAGAAGACGAGGAAUCUUCGGGAAAUUCUAGUGACAAUCUCUUCCUUCCCUUAAGGUCGCGUUCUGGCUUGCUGCGCUGAGCAUUUUUCACUUUCCAGUACUACGUUCAUUUUAAAGGGAAGUGAAAGGUCCUUUUGGUGUACAAUCCCACGUAGGCAUACGUACGUAAUUAGUCAGUAUUUGUUUGUGGUUCUUUCCCCGAAUGACAGGAGCGCAUUUUCAAGAAAUACCUUUCUAGUGCUCCUGGGGUAUUUUUACGCACUCCUGCGGGGCCAAAUAGAUAACCUGUUUUUUGUCUUCUCCAUUCAUCAGUCCCGGUCAAGUCGUGCCCGAGAGGUCCGUGUCACGGGAACCAUUCCGAAGGCCGGCGGAAGAAAUGGAGAGUGCGGGGCGAGGAGUGAUAGAUGUUACUCGGAGGUUGUACGGAUCCCUCGGGCUGAGAAAUAAGUAGGACUUGAUCUCAAUCACAGCAGACACAAGCAGAAAGUGCUUACUUGCCCGGGAUCCCAGUGAGUGAGCCUCAUGAUAACACGUCAUCGCAAUUCCAGCUUUUCCAGCCCUUAGAACGGUGCUUUGCACAUAGUAAGCGCUUAAUAAAUGCCACUAUUAUUAUUUUAUACGUAUGUAAUGGUGCGGCCCGUGUCCUCUGCAAUUUUGUCCAACCCUCUCGUGCCUCGCACACUGCUCUAAUGCAGUCCAUUCUUUCUUUCGCCUUUCAGGCCAGUAGAGGAGUCUGGCUCAUUUGUAGGUCAUAUUCCGUUGUGUUGCUUCAUCUUGUCUUGCUCUUCGUUUCCCCGUUCAUUAUUAUUUUGAAGACUUCCAGAGAGCCCCAAAAUAACAUACUUAGGUUAAUCAGUCACUCGGUGCUGUUUAUUGUGUGCCUUGUACAGAGCACUGUACUAAGGGCUUGGGAAAACGCCGGAUACUAGAGUCGGUAGAUGCAAUCCUGGCCCACAAGAUGCUUGCGGUCUACGGGGGAGACGGACCCAAAAAUAAACUGCAGGUAAGGGAAAUAGUAAAGUACAAGGGUCUGUGCUUAAGUGAUGUGAGCUGAAGGUAAACUGCUGUCAGUGGUAAGAGUACAUAUUUUAACCAAUUUUUUACUGCUGUGUUUUUUUCAGAAGUUUGGUAUCCAGGGGAAACCCAUUUUUAAAACUCAAAUCUGCGCCUCCAAAAAAAUCCUUUCUAGUUUCUGUUAUUUUCCCAGUCAUGGGCCUGGCGACUAGGCCCUGGUGUAGGGUAUUGAAUUUCUUUCUGGAAGCAUAAGUAUAAAUGGAUUAGAAUUGUUUUUAUGGUUGUUUCAAAAGGGUAUCCAGCUUUUAAAAAAUUCCAUCAAAACGUAGAUGAAUACAUGCACUUGGAUUCUCGUCCUUUGUUCACCCCACUCUUAGUCCCUCAGCACUUGUGAUAUCCGUAAUUUAUUCCUAUAUAUUGAUGUCCGCCUCCUCCUCUUAGACUGUAAGCUCCUGGCGGGCAGGGAACGUGCCUACCGACUGUGAAGUAAUGUGCUCUCCCAAGCACGAGAAGCUUGGGUGAAUCUCCAGAAAACCCGUCUUGAUAUUAUAAAUUGUGCAGGUGCUUGAAUUGUGUCUUUCUAGAUACAGUUCUGAAGAUUGAGCAGUUUUGUUCCACCAAAAAAAUGUGCUGGUUUAAAGUGCCAUCAGAUGAGGUUCCAUUUUCCCCCAAUCUUAGUACAUGUUUUGUCAACUUGGCGAUUUUACCUAAAUUCAAGAAUACAAACGUAAUCUGCCAUCACCUUUAUUUCACACGUAGAUUCUUGUUGACAGACUUGUAUAGUCAUGGUGCAGAAUAAAGCCAAAUUUUCUGAUAUUUUGGGGCGGGGGUGGGUGGGGGAGAAUGAAGGUAAGCAGUUCUUUCAGCAAAAACCUGUUUCUUAUGAGCUGUCAGAGGCCUAAACAAUUGGGAGGCAACUAAAAUGGUAAUAGAGUCCUGAGAACCAAAAGCCAUAUUUAACCGAAAUGAAUAGUCAGUGAUGACUUCAAUUGUAGGUUAGUGUACCACAUUGACCCAAGCGCUUAGUACGGUGCUCUGCACACAGUAAGCGCUCAAUAAAUAUGAAUGAAUGACCCUUUAAACUACACGAUCAGGUGGUUACUUUGAUCUAAUCAUGGUAUUGUAAUCAGGUGUUGACAAACACAAUUUGAAUCCACUGUAUAUGGGAUUUCAAAAUCUUUAAACCGCAGAUCCUGAAAAUGACCUAAAAACUUUCAGGCAAGGGGGAUGAUGGCAGCCAGGCAUGGGUUUGCUGAAAUUUAGAAAUGCUCCUUACCUUAAAGCCGGCCAAUCUUAAGAACCUAGUGGGUUUUGGCAAGCACUCAAAGUCGAAAUUUUCCUCCACCCAUCUCACUCUCCAAAGUCAUCAUUUUCCCCCAUCCGCACCUCCACCCAACACACUCCUUUACCCCUGAGAGUGGAAUACUUGGAAUUCCAUCCAUUUUCCACCUCUUUAGAUUUGAGACAUUUAGAUGGUGACUGCAAGCUUGUUGGGGGCACGGAAUAGCACUGUUUAUUGUUGUAUCGUGCUUUCCCAAGUGCUUAAUACAGUGUUCUGCACACAGUAAGCGCUUAAUAUAUACGAUUGAACGAAUGAAUGUAGUAGCUGCAUAAAUAUAGAUAGUGGUGCCCCUAAAGGGUCGCCGGUUUGCGACCUUUCCUGAUUGUUUCUCUGCCGAACCUAAUGGUCUUCCUACCUCCCCCUGUCAAAUCAGCUGCUACUAACUAGAGAAUGCAAAAGAAUAACUGGAAAGUAAAGAUGUUGCACUUGGGGUAUUUUCCCCAUAAAAACAAGAGGCAGGGAUGGAUUCAGCGUAGUUCUAUGUCGUUCGUGUGCUACUGGACUGCAUCUAGUUUCGAGUGAACUCUAGGAUUUUUUUUUUUUCCCGGAUUCCAUGUUGGUGGCCUAUAAAAUCAAGCAGAAUACUUGCGGGAAGCCGAAUUUUUCUUAAGAAAUUGAUUUUUGGUGAAGGGAUAUGUAUUGAAUGUCAUCAGGUCCAACAUUUUGCUAAUAUAUCUGGGAACUAGAGAGAGAGUAAAGAAAAUGGUCAACGGUUGUGAGAUUAGCUUUUCACGCUUGGAUAUUUCAGUCCUUCUGGUAGUACUAAGUAUGGAUUUUUCUUUUGUUUAACUUUGUAGAUAUUAAAGUUUAGCUACAAUACCUCUAUGCAAAACCACAAACUCGCUUGAUUUUUUAUUAAAGGUAUUAAAGAUUUUCCUAAUCUCUAGUAUUUUAGAUAGUAAUACAAUUUUCCCAAGGGAGCCUUCAUUUCUACUGAAGGAAAAACAUGCUGCUUGAGAGCUUUUUAAUGUUUUUUAUUUUUAUUACCUUGAGGUUUAAUGGAAAGUACUCUUUAAAAGCUUUUUGGAUAAUAAAUAGCCGCCUUUGAAAUCUGUUCUGUAGAAAAUACUGGAAAAGUUCUCAAGUAUCCUAAGUUACGUAUUAUACUAUUAUUUUUAACAUUGAACUGUCAACUUUAUGUUCAUUUUAGAUGGGGUAAGAGUUUGGGAUGCAUUUACAGAUCUUAUUUUUAAUAAAAUGCUUUAGUUUUUGAGGUUUUUUUUUAAAUCGUACUUCUCAAAAUAAGUUCUAAUGGAAAUGGAAAUUUUGGUAUACUACCCAAACAACUUCAUCAUAAUCCUGAAGAAAAUCUAGGUCCAUUUGUAGUGUUGCUCUUGUAGAAGUCCAUUCUGUUUGUCAAGACUCAGAACAAGCCCUAGCAGGUCAUUUGCAAAAGGAUAAGAUAACAUGGUUGAUUUCAUUGUGAUCAACCUCUAAAAUUAGAGUGUUUUCUAAUCUCAUGGCAGAGAGUCUUUUGAAAGCCGUCACAUUCAGGUAGCUUCAUCCUUUAAUUUUAGACAGGGCAUUUCCAUCACAGGAAAAAACAAAAUGUUGGAACAUUUGGGAAGAAGGAUAUCAUUAUAUACGAUCCUGUGUAUUGUUCUGGCAUAGUUCAUCCACUCUACAAGGCCUUUAGGCAAAAAAUAAAUAGUUGAAACCCUCCACAAAUGUUUCGUUGACUAUAGUCACUUAAAGUUAUCCUGAUGUUCUUUUGUUUUUCACCUCCGAUUUCACGUAUUCCUCAAUUUGUGUUUGUGAUGAAUGGGUAGACUUAAACCAAUAAGGUCACGAUGGACCUGUAAGGAGAGAAAUUGCCUAAAAAAACACAUUAUGGUGUGAGUUGGAAUAGGUGAUAUUCUAAGAUCGACUUGUAUAUAAAGUAUAGAAUUGUGUAUCUGUACAUACGAAGGCUAUAUAUUGUGCAAAAUAAAUUGCUUCACUCUUGUAUUAAUCUGAGAUUUGACUGUGCUUCCUUAAGAAUUUGAAAGCUUUACAGUUUGUAAAAAAAAAUUUCCAUGACAUGGAAUUGUUGAAAUAAAUAUUUUCACCAAGA